AUGGCACUUAGUGCGCUGCGGAAGCGCGUAGCGUACUUUUACGACCCCGACAUCGGGAGCUACUACUAUGGACCGGGUCAUCCGAUGAAACCGCAGAGAAUCCGCAUGGCGCACGCACUGGUUCUCUCUUACGACCUUUACAAACAUAUGGAAGUGUACAGACCCCACAAGUCAAUCGAGCCAGAACUCUGUCUGUUUCACUCGAGCGACUACAUCUCGUUCCUUUCCUCCGUCUCCCCAGAGAACUACAAGGAGUUUUCUCUGCAGCUAAAGAAUUUCAACGUCGGCGAGGCAACCGACUGCCCUGUCUUCGAUGGACUCUUCACCUUCCAGCAAGCCUGCGCAGGGGCCUCGAUCGACGCGGCCAAGAAGCUGAAUCAUCACCAGGCGGACAUUUGUGUGAACUGGUCUGGGGGGCUGCACCAUGCGAAGCGUUCAGAGGCUUCUGGUUUUUGCUACAUCAACGACAUUGUGUUGGGCAUUUUGGAGUUGCUCAAGUACCACGCUCGCGUGAUGUACAUCGACAUCGACAUUCACCACGGCGACGGGGUGGAGGAGGCAUUCUACGUGUCGCACCGCGUGAUGACUGUCUCGUUUCACAAGUUCGGCGACUUCUUUCCGGGGACCGGUGACAUCACAGACGUGGGGGCGAGCCAGGGCAAGUACUACGCGGUGAACGUUCCGCUGAACGACGGCAUGGACGACGACUCCUUCGUCGCGCUGUUCAAGCCUGUCAUCACGAAGUGCGUGGACGUGUAUCGCCCUGGGGCCAUUGUGCUGCACCUGCGUCGCCUUCGUGAAGUCGCUGAACAUUCCCCUCUUGGUCUUGGGGGCGGCGGAUACACCAUCCGCAACGUGGCGCGCUGCUGGGCGUACGAGACGGGCGUCGUUCUGGACCGCCACCGCGAAAUGUCCCCCCACGUGCCCCUGAACGACUACUACGACUACUACGCGCCUGACUUCCAGCUGCAUUUGACGCCCUCGUCGAUCCCCAACUCGAACUCGCCUGAACACCUCGAAAAGAUCAAAACGCGCGUCCUCUCCAACCUCAGCUAUCUGGAGCACGCCCCCGGCGUCCAGUUCGCCUACGUGCCGCCAGACUUCUUCGGCGAAGACAACGACGACGAAGACGAAUUCAUGCAAAACCAAGUCGAAAACGAGGGCGGCGGACGCGCGCCCGGCGCCGCCAGCAGCGGCCCCUCCUCGUCGGCGGCUGCGCCCUACCGGAUCCGCAGAAAGGACUACGCCAACGACUUCGAGGACAUGGCGGACAGAGACCAAAAAGUCCCGAUUUAG